GAGGUUGGUAGGGUUUAAACUAGUUUACUCUAUACGGCCUCUCCCACCUUUCCUUAAACUGCAACGGAGGAGAAGCGAUAGGGUUUAUUCAAGCUUCACUCAAACUAGUCGACAAGUUUCGACCCUUUCAUUCACAUAUCUAUAUAUUCAAGCUUUGUGAUUUGCCGUCCGGGUUACAGAUUCGUGUUGGUAGUUCAAUUUGUGAAUCUCUUGCCCCUGAAGAGCAGAAUCUAAGAUCAGCAAUGGAAACAGAUCUGAAUGAUUAUACCGUUAUCAAGGAAGGAGAAGCUGAGGUCCUAAUGCACAAGAAGAACCAAGUCUUCUUCAACAAAGCUCAGGUUAACAACAGGGACAUAUCUAUUGCUGUGCUAAGGGCAUUUAUAUCUAAACGCAAGCAAGAACAUGAGGCGAUCUUAUCUAAAAGAGCUAGAUCAUCUGGGAAAGUGCCUGAGAAGGAUGUCUCUGAGACUUCCAAGGAAGAAACUCAUACUGAAAACGGUGAGGAUAAUGGUAAAACCAAUGGAGAACACAAAGUGACAUCUCAGGAUGGACCAAAGGAAGCUGCCAAGAUCGCAUAUGAAUCUGCACGAAGAGAACUCAAACCGCCAAGAGUGCUUGAGGCCCUGUCAGCUUCAGGGUUAAGAGCUUUGAGGUAUGCUCGUGAAGUUGAAGGAAUUGGUCAAGUUGUCGCUUUGGAUAAUGACCCAGCAUCGGUUGAAGCUUGCCAGAGAAACAUAAAGUUCAAUGGCUUGAUGUCUACUUCAAAGGUGGAGUCACAUCUUACUGAUGCUCGUGUCCACAUGCUUAGCCACCCAAAAGAAUUUGAUGUGGUUGAUCUUGAUCCAUAUGGUGCACCUUCUAUUUUCCUUGAUUCAGCUGUUCAAUCAGUUGCCGAUGGUGGGCUGCUAAUGUGUACAGCAACUGACAUGGCAGUGUUAUGUGGGGCUAACGGGGAGGUUUGCUAUUCCAAAUAUGGUUCUUAUCCACUGAAAGGGAAAUAUUGUCAUGAGAUGGCUUUGCGGAUCCUCCUGGCCAGCAUCGAGAGCCAUGCAAAUCGCUACAAGCGGUAUAUUGUUCCAGUUCUAUCAGUCCAAAUGGAUUUCUACGUCCGUGUCUUUGUCCGCGUUUACACUUCGGCGAGUGCAAUGAAAAACACUCCACUAAAGCUCUCAUAUGUCUAUCAAUGCAUUGGUUGUGAUUCCUUUCAUCUUCAGUCUGUUGGAAGAUCUCUCCCUAAGCAUAACAGUGUGAGGUAUCUACCAGGAGUUGGUCCUGUUGUUCCUCAGGAUUGCACUCAUUGUGGAAAGAAAUAUAACAUGGGUGGACCAAUAUGGUCUGCUCCAUUGCAUGAUCAAGAAUGGGUGACUUCGAUACUAAGUGGUGUUAAAUCCAUGAAAGGCAGAUAUCCUGCUUACGACCGAAUUUGUGCUGUUCUUACCACAAUCUCAGAGGAAUUGCCAGAUGUUCCACUGUUUUUGAGCCUUCAUAGUCUCUCUGCAACGCUAAAAUGUACUUCACCAUCAGCUGCUCUGUUUCGAUCAGCAGUAAUCAAUGCAAACUACCGUGUCUCAGGGUCCCAUGUGAACCCGCUUGGGAUUAAAACUGAUGCCCCAAUGGAGAUUAUCUGGGACAUUAUGCGGUGCUGGGUGAAAAAUCAUCCCAUUAAGCCACAAUCACCUGAUCAUCCCGGAAGUGUGAUACUAUCUAAAGAACCAUCUCAUCAGGCUGACUUUUCGCGCCAUGUUGGCUCGCUUAGCAAAGCACAGACGAAGAAAGUAGCUAGGUUUCUACCAAACCCAGAGAAGCAUUGGGGUCCAAAGAUAAGGGCUGGUCGUACAAUCACAAGCAAACACGUCUCGCUUCUUGGUCAUGAAGCAGUUAACGGUCAUCUCAACGGCAAUCACAAAGAAGAAGGAGCAGAAGAAGAAGACGAAGAAGAAGAUCCUGAAGAAGAUAUCAUUGAGGAUGAGCCAGAUCUGAAACGCCAAAAGACAGCAGCAGAGGAUAUUGCCUCAACAUCAUAGGGGAUAUUAUUGCCUCUUAAAGAUUUUGUAUUUGUCCUUUUUGUUUCAAAAGCUUUUGGUUGCGUUUUUGUUAUAUUCUAAGCAUUUUUUGCAGACUUGCAACAAAGAAUUUAUAAGGUUAUGGAUUCUUUAGAUCUGUUGUUAGCUACUACUGUAUUUUUCAAAAACCUGGUAAUAUGUAACUGUUACCCACCAACAGGCAACAUUUUAAUAUGAUUCAGCAGCUGUUUUAUAAUAUCA